AUGAAACAUCGGGCCAAGAAAUCGUUGGGAGCCGCGACACUGUGGCCCGGUCUUGGCGGUGCUUCCGUCAUCCCUCAAGCUCCCUCCCUUCUCGACACCAACUUCACUCCCCACGGCCGACCUUCCUUUGCACUGGGAGCUUCGACCAUCAUGUCUUUGGAGCCGCCAACCUACCUCAGCUCGCUGCAGAACAAUAUCCGCGCCCGUCCAAUUCCCUGGGAGGGCGCCGUCCGUGCGGGCAACAUCACGGAUGACCACCUCAAGAAGAUUAAGGCGGUCGACAAGGUGCGCAAGGAGCAGCGUAUUCAGACAGUAGAGGCCGACCUCGCUGGAUAUACUGGCUUGUUGGCUGGUGGUGCGCAGGGAAAGAGUGUCUUGGAGUCGGCGUCACGGAGGACCGAUAUCGUUCAAUAUAUCUUGGUCCUGGCAUCGGACUUGAUCCAAGAUGUUCCCGCGCUAGCCAACUCUCUCGUUUCGCACCCCGAGCCGUACAAGCCAUUCCUGCCGUUCUUGCACCAGUCCACCAAUGCCGAAGACCCUAUUCCCCUGCUCACAUCCACCUUCCUCACAGCGCUUGUGUCGCACAGCCUCACUUCAUCGCCCAAACCUGCUGCUCGGGACCAAGAGGCUCUCCCGCAACUAUACAGAUAUCUCUCCACCCUGACCAAGAACCAGGACAGUGGACUGCAGGAUAUCGGAGUACAGGGAUUCUCGGAGCUGCUCCGCAAGCAGCACUCGCGUGAAGUCUUCUGGGCCCACCGAAAGGAGACAUUGGAUCCCUUGAUCGAGACUCUGCGUGCGGCCGCUGGUACCAAGGAGAAUGGCAGCACAUCAGGAAGCAGCACACGUGGCAUUGAGCCCGGGCUGGCCGGUGGAAUUGGUCUCCAACUGCUUUACCGGGUGCUUCUCGUAGUAUGGCAGCUGACGUUCGAGGGCGAACUGGUUGGCGAAGGACUGCAAGAGAACUAUGAGAUCAUUCAACUCUACACUCAACUUCUCCGCCUUUCACCCAAGGAGAAGACAACCCGACUGCUCUUGGCUACACUCUACAACCUUUGCUCUAGCAACCGUAACACCAUUCUUCCCGUUGCCGUGUUCGUGCGGCUCCCCGCCCUCCUGGCCAACCUUGCUGGUCGCCACUUGACCGAUCCCGACCUGCUCGAAGAUCUCGAAGCGCUGUCCAACAUGCUGGAUGAGUACACCAAGACACAGACUACCUUUGACCAGUACGCUGCCGAAGUUCAGUCCGGCCACCUCCGCUGGUCACCCCCGCAUAAGAACCCCACAUUCUGGAAGGAGAAUGCUCGUCGGAUUCUGGAUGACACCAAUGGUGCGCUCCCCAAGAAGCUGGCUGAGAUUCUGAAGAAGAGCUGGGAUAACGACAAGCAAGUUCUGGCUAUUGCUUGUAACGACGUGGGCCAUUUGGUGAAGGAGCUUCCCGAGAGACGUACACAGCUCGAGAAACUCGGUCUGAAGGCACGGGUCAUGGAGCUGAUGGCCGACAAGGAUGAGUCUGUACGAUGGGAGAGUUUGCGGGCUGUCGGAGAAUGGCUGCGAUACACCUUCGACGGGUGA